AUGCCGGAGCAUAUCGGGAGAACCGACUUGCUCCUCCUGAAUGGCAGUCGUUGCCUAUUGCUGGAAAUGUUCCCGGAUCGUGGCUGUGCUCGCACCUUUGAGAUCACUGUCUUUAAGAAUCAAAAAGUCUUCGAGGGUAUUUUCAAAGACAGUGAUCUCAAACGUAUCAAGGAGGUAUAG